UUCACUGCCGCCUGCUGGAGACCCACCGCGUUGCGCGGCGCUUUCCCAUUCGUUUCUGUCCCUUCUGGGAAGGAGGGUGGCUUCUUAGACGUCGCCUUUGGACAGGAUUCGAGUCAUCAGGAAAUGUCAAAUAGUUUCUGUCCCUGAGCGUCUCUCGUCGAAUGGUUUAGUGAUCGCUGUCCGUACCUCUCAGGUCUCCAGAGCCUCCUCCACAUGCUGCGUAACCCUGCAGGCCGUUGCAGCUGUCGCUUCUUCUGGGAAGCUUCCUCUGACCUUCCUCUGGACUUAUCAGUGAACAAGAUGCAGACCCUGCCCUCUUGGAGUCCACAGUUUGGGGAGCUAGAAAGCUAACCACAAUAGUGAUGUCCGGCAAGGUGGCCAUUGGCAGUGACAUCGGGCAGGCCCGCCGGGCCGUGGAGCAGCUGCGGAUGGAGGCAGGCAUCGAGCGUGUGAAGGUGUCCAAGGCGGCUUCCGACCUGCUGCAGUUCUGCAUGGAGCAGGCCAAGAGCGACCCCUUCCUCGUGGGCAUCCCCGCUGCCACCAACCCCUUCAAGGAGAAGAAGCCCUGCACCAUCCUGUGACCUCCACGGCCCCGACCACCCGGGAGGCCGCAAUAAACAUGAAGUGAGGGAUUCC